CGAUUUUUCUGAUCUGUGACUCCAAGCUAAACACACGCGUUUUCAUUUCGUUUUAGUUUAGUUUUCAAGCUCCCCAUUCAUACAAUAAACUAAAGAAUAACUGGCGAGUGUCACUAAAACGAUUCGGGCUUCAUGAAAGUUUCAUCACGAACCACAGUAUGGCAAUCGAAAGCGCGCCAAAUCGGCUCUGUCAGUACGGAAUGUUUAUUUCUGUAGUCGCAGUGUUGUUUUUCUAGUUCGGAUUAAAAAUCCUUAUUGUAGCGUAAAUCCUUUGAAUAAAAUAGUUAUUUUUCCUUAAAAGUGACAGACAAUAACCGGACCAAAAAUGGAUCAGUAUCCCACGGAAGAAGAGGAGUACGAGCUGAUGUACGGCGAUGAUCUGGACGCUAUGCAUGAUUUGGAGUUUGAGAUGACCCCAGCCAAUGUUGCGGGUAACAAGGCACAAGAAAAGCUUCCAGAACCACCUCGAGCAUCGACAGCGUUUUCCAACUACAGCCGAGGGGGCCUUCUGGAUAGUCCCUCCAUGUCUCAGGUCAACGAAGACAGUCCGCUGAGAAGUCCUGCUUAUUCGCAAAUUCCAAGAAACGCUAGUACCAUCCAUAAACGUUUGUUCGGAACACCGGGCCCCUCAGAGCAGUACGGGCGGCAAGCCUCAACCCCGUUUCCUGGUGCGUCAAGUGCGGAUGCUUUAUCAGAAAUUCCAAAUCUAGGACUCAAUACCCGCAAACGUCGCCUCGAUGCACUGUUCGGAGAUAUUCAGGACAUCGAGGACGAUGGUAGCGUGUACAAUUUUUGCCACCAAGGUGCAACGAAGAAAACAAAAACGGAAGAGGAACUUGAUAUGGAACUGAUUGAAAAGAUCGUCAACGCUAGGAAACAGUUUCAGGCUGUUAUCAAUCCCACCAAAUCAAGUGGGCUGGCCAGAGCGGAGGCUCUUCAUCGGUUCAAGAUGCAGAAUCUUUCGUACACGGUUCCAAAAUGGCCUUUUGCGACGGUUAUACGUAGCGAUAAAGAACGGGUCUAUGUGCGUUUCCACUCGGAAGACUUCGAAACUAAUGCUAUCGACGAAAUCAAUUGUUUCAAGAAUGGUUACAAUGGACUGUUGGGAGAUGCCAAAGAAAGAAUCUGGGACGAAGCAAAGGAAAUUAUCAACAAACGAUUAGAUGCACCGGAAAGAGCAAUCGAACCAGAUCCGGACGUGCAAAUUGUCCUCCAAAACCAUGGACAGGAGCUUUGGGUUGAAAAGUACCGGCCUAAACGGUACAUUGACUUACUGUCUGACGAAACGACCAACCGAAGUCUGUUGCAGUGGCUAAAACUUUGGGACAAGGCUGUCUUUGGACGAGAACCGAAAAAGCCCAAAGACACUAAGCAGCUGAAUAGCUUCAACAAAAAGACCGGUCGUUUCGAGACAAACGGCGGCUGGAAAAAGAAGAACAGAAUGGCUCUCAAUACGGAGUUGGACGAGCAUGGAUGCCCAAUCCAGAAGAUUGCCUUGCUUUGCGGACCACCCGGUUUGGGAAAAACUACAUUGGCCCAUACGAUUGCAAAACAUGCUGGAUAUGUUGUACGAGAAGUCAAUGCUUCGGAUGAUAGAAGUCCAGAAGCUUUUCGUCUGGCACUAGAAAGUGGAACCCAGAUGAAAUCGGUACUCAAUGCAGAUAAGCGUCCCAAUUGCAUAGUGCUGGAUGAAAUAGAUGGAGCCCCAGUGGCGACAAUAGAUUUUCUCAUUCGAUUUGUUUCCGGUGCUGUAGCUCAGAAAGGAGCCAAGAAAGCCAAAGGCGGUAAAGACGACAAAUUCAUCCUGAAACGUCCAAUAAUUUGUAUCUGCAAUGACAUGUAUGUUCCGGCUUUGAGGCAACUGAGACAAAUUGCUUUCGUAGUCAAUUUUCCACCAACGGAGUCGGCACGAUUAGCUGAAAGACUCCUGCUAAUAGCAAAGCGAGAAAAAAUCCACACCGAUCUAACAUCGAUGCUUGCAUUGGCUGACAAAACUGGUAACGAUGUUCGAUCGUGCCUAUCCAUGCUACAGUUCCACAGUUCUCUGAAAAAACCAUUAAGACUGACAGACGUACUGAAGUGCAAUGUUGGCCAGAAGGAUCGUCACAAGGGUCUGUUUGGAAUUUGGUCCUCGAUAUUUCAGAUUCAGCGACCUCGAAAAACGCUGGUGGAGGCGGAUAGUGCCACAUCCAGUGAAUCCAUCGUGACCCUCACGGAUAUGUCGCCGGCAACGAGGAUGGCCAACAUCCUGGACGUGCUGCAUAUGGCCGGCGACUACGACCGGUUGAUGCAGGGCGUGUUUGAGAACUAUCUGCACCAAAGGAUGCCGGAUCCGAACAUGGCCGGAGCGGCUGAAGCGGGUUCUUGGUUUUGCUUCAACGACCGCAUCCAGCAGCAGGUGAACCAUCUGCAGAACUACUCAAUCUAUCCCUACUUGACCUACGCGUUCGUCAUGUGGCACUAUCUGUUCGCCGGGCUGGCCUGGCCGAAGAUAAAUUUCCCUUCCAAGGGAUUCGAGAAUUCUCAAAAGCUGGCCACCUGUAAGCUGAUACUGGCCGGUCUCCGGAAAGGGCUCUCGGCUCAGCUCAAGGGCAUCGGCGAAGGACCAACGGUGCUGCUGGAUACGGUGCCGCUGCUCAAGCGUGUCAUUAACCCCUCGCUUCGAUCCGUGUCGCUGCAGCUGCUGACGCCCAAGGAAAAAUCGGACCUAACCCACACGGUCGAGGUGAUGGCCGAUUUCGGGCUGAACUACAUCCAGCUGAAAUCCGCCGAAGGAACCUACCAGUAUCAGCUGGAUCCGGAUAUCGAACAGCUCGGUCAGUAUCCGGGUGUUUCGUCGCAGAACUUCAGCUACUUCGGCAAGCAAAUUGUGGCCAGGGAAGUUGAGCUUGAGCAAAUGAGACGCGCUCAGCCGAAGGCGGCCGCCGCUGGUUCUGGUGUUUCAAAACCCCUCGAAGGCAAGAAUGCCACUAGCUCCCGGAAGCCAGUUCCGGCUAAGACAUCGAGCAAAAAGGACGAUCCAAAGGCAGAGUUGCCAAACCAUUUGCAGACUUUGAAACCCAAGGAAAUAUCCAGCAAAGUGAAACAGGUGGUAUCGAAGGAUUUCUUUGGGCGGAUCACCACUAGGGAAACUACCAUCUCUGUCCAAGAAGGUGGCACUGAUACGAUUGUUAAGAGCCCGAUCUGGUAUCGCUACAAGGAAGGAUUCAACAAUGCUGUUCGCAAGGAUGUCACUCUACGUGAUUUAAUGUGAGAUAAACAAUGUGUUUCGUUUACUAAUGUUUCAAUGUUAAUAAAAAGGGGAUAUGUCUGAAAUUUCAUAAGUAAUUUACGUUGGACUCCACGUAAAUUACCAGCUAUUAGUCAGAGAGCAUCCAUAGUACCAGAUGGAGUCGACAGAGUUAAAAUAAAAGUAAUCCAUAGG